AUGACGAGGUGGAUGCGAUUACUAGUAUGGGGCUGCACAAUAACCUCGAUUUUUGCCCAACCUCCCCAACACAGCGAAGAGUGCCUGAAAGCGAGCAAACAGUGCGAAGAGAAUACAGAUUGCAUUCACAGAUUGGCCGUGCUACAGUCUGCAUGGUAAGCAAUGGUUGUAAAUGUUAGUAUUUUUGUAAAGUUAUCUUGCAACCACUUUGCGGGCAGCCAAAAUUUACCGAUUAGCAUUAUGAUUUUUCUACCGUAAUCUUCACAAUAUGUUGGAAAUUUUGCAUUGUAAACUCCCUGGUACCCGUUAGCCCACGAAUCUACUGAAUUCAAAUACCCCUUUCAAAUUUAUGGAAGUUUUUUCAAAAAAUGCUUUUGGAACCUUUAAAAAAAAUGGUUACUAUUCAAGCCAUUUUUUAUAUUGUGACCCCCAGGCCACCUCCCCCCAGAAUUCGUGGUCAGCUACGCCCCUGACUCCAUACAACGAAACGUUUUUUUAGAAAGUAAUUUUUGGGCCUCUGCAAUUCGUUGUGCAGAGGUUUGACUUAAUAGGUGUGCUGCUCAAAAGCAACAUUAAUAAACCUUAAAAACCACCGUUUUACCGCCUCAUUUUUCCAGUGUAACCAACACCUGUCAACCGCAAUGUCGUGAAUCGGCAUUAAAUCUGUAUCAAAACCGGGAAGGACGUCAGCUCCUCCGCACCGACGCCUCAUGCGUCCCCGGACGCUAUGAGCUGGAGAAGUGCGGCCUGUUGCCCACCCGCUCGCCGAAACACUGCUCCAUGGCGAAGCUGGUCUGCGAGACGGACCUGCAGUGCAACGCGAAGUGGGAGGUGUUCAUCAGCGAAUGCGAGGGCGAGACCAACCAAGGACGGUGCUCGGAGCAGUGCCGACAGCACCUGAAUGCGACGUUGAGCACCGCGAACGGCGCCGACUUGAAGACCUGCACCUGUACGGACAAGGAAGACCAGAGAUGCCUGCAGUUGAAGGAUAUCACGCUGAGAACCUGCUUGGAGGCUGUAAGUUUUGAUUUACGUUUUUUGCUACUGAAUGUGUUCCGUCACUGCAACGGGGGAAGUAGCCCAAGUGUGACGCUCAGAAAAUCUGUGCGUAGCACUUCAAAAACGUCGCGUCCCGACUUUGUCGGUCGACAACAGCUCGGGUCAACACAAAGCCAAUCAAUACAAGGCCUAGAACAGUCGGAGAGCCAAGAAAGGUGGUAGCAGUUGCCUACUGGGCCUGCAAAGCCCGUUGAAUGCUCGAAUUUUCGGCGAAGACAAGACUUACAGUAUGACCACUUUCUCAAAUUUUAACUCUGUAUUGCUAGCCCUAAUUUCCUUAAUCCUCAGUUAUGGUAGAUUGGAAAGGGCUAAAAAUCACUACAGAGAAGACCCAAAGUAUCGCCGACCCGAACUGUCGUUGACUCGAAAAUUCGUAGCGCCCUUCCCUUAUAAACAAUUCACGCUCUAACCCCUCAAAUUUACAGGACAAGCCCAAGCCCACUCCGCCGCCGUUCGUUGAGACUAAUCGCGUGACGGAUGUGGAUAAUGAGAUCGACUCGCGACGUCCCGCCAAUGCCGAUCCCCGCGAUCUGCCCGAUUCGGCCGCUCAAAUGGCUCUCUCCGCAUCGCUCGUCCUAGUCAUGUUGCUGUUGGCUCAAGCAUAG